AUGCGCGGCAGUUGUUGGGCGACAGUUACUCAAGCUUGCGAGAAAGCGCGCUCGGACGGUUACGGAGUUCGAGAAAAAGCGCUUGAAGAUGCGGCCGCAUUUUGGAUACCGCCUGCUCUACUGGGAGCUCGGUGCCAUUCACAGAGCUGCCAGCGCGGGCAAUGUGGCCGCAGUGGAGAAAAUGCUGAUUUGCAGAAGAAGCGGUGUAUGACGUGGACCACAAGAGCAGGACCGCUCUGCACUGGGCCUGUGCAAAAAGGCCACCAAGACGUGGUAGCUUUCCUCAUAAGCCAAAGAUGUCUACUUGAUCCGCAAGAUAAAAGGGCUGCAACACCGCUGAUAAAGGCUGUACAGUGUCCCGCUGAGAACUGUGCUACACUCUUACUGGAUCAUGGGGCUGAUCCAAAUAUUGAGGAUGAAAUUGGCAACACUGCUCUCCACUAUGUGGCCUACGGAGAAAAUAUAAGAAUGGCCGAAAAGCUGCUUUCCAGCAAUGCAGAUAUCGAAAAGAAAAAUAAGACUGGCCUCACACCACUGUUAGUGGCUAUUCAACAAAACCAAGAAACUAUGGUCAAAUUUUUAAUAUUACAGAAUGCAGAUGUUUUUGCAGUUGAUAAUCUAAACAGAACAUCCCUCAUGUUUGCGGGACGGUAUAGUACGGAAAACAUAGUACACAUGCUUCUUGAACUAGGGGUUGAUGUGCUUUCUGAAGACAUUGCUGGACAUUCUGCUAGGGAUUAUGCUCUUCAAAAACGUAAUAUGCAAAAUUACCAACUCAUUUCGUUGUUUCGAGAAAAUGCUGCACUUGAGAAGAUUGUAAAUACAAAUCCAGAUGAUGAGCAUUCUAAAGAAUAUAGAAAAAGGCUUUUGGAAAUACCUGAUGUUAAUCAUGAACUGCUUAUAUCAUAUGAGAAAGGCCUCAAUUCAUUUGCCAAGAAAGACUUAAUAAUUCCAGGACAUACAACUGCCAUCAUUCACAGUGCACCAGAAGAGCAACCCAAUAACGACAGAAUAACUCGUGUUCAUGGAGUCCAUGAAGAUAACAAAUGUGGAGCAGAAGAUGAAGCUAAAGAAUCAACUUCAGACCCUGAGGAAGGAAUGUCAACUAUAGCGGGUAAGAAGAGUAAAAAAUGUUUUUUCAUCACUCAAGUUGCUCCACAACAGCCAAUUAAUAAACAUGGGAUGGACUCUGAUCACACAUUGGACAAAGAUAACAAACGUAGUAAGGAGUCUACCUCCCAAAGAGAUCCUGAAGACAACAACUCACCAAGGAAUUCGAAGGCAGGAACGUCAGCUGUAGCGGGUAAGAAGAGUAAAAAACGUUUUUUCAUCGCUCAAGUUGCUCCACAACAGCCAAUUAAUAAAUAUGAGAUGGACUCUGAUCAUGCAUUGGACAAAGAUAACAAACGUAGUAAGGAGUCUACCUUCCAAAGAGAUCCUGAAGACAACAACUCACCAAGGAAUUCGAAGGCAGGAACGUCAGCUGUAGCGGGUAAGAAGAGUAAAAAACGUUUUUUCAUCGCUCAAGUUGCUCCACAACAGCCAAUUAUGAACUCUGAUCACGGAUUGGACAAAGAUAACAAACGUAGUAAGGAGUCUACCUCCCAAAGAGAUCCUGAAGACAACAACUCACCAAGGAAUUCAAAGGCAGGAACGUCAGCUGUAGCGGGUAAGAAGAGUAAAAAACGUUUUUUCAUCGCUCAAGUUGCUCCACAACAGCCAAUUAUGAACUCUGAUCACGGAUUGGACAAAGAUAACAAACGUAGUAAGGAGUCUACCUCCCAAAGAGAUCCUGAAGACAACAACUCACCAAGGAAUUCGAAGGAAGGAAUGUCAACCUUAGCGAGUAAGAAGGGCUUAAAAGAUAUCGCCAUCACUCAAGUUGCUCCACAACAGCCAAUUAAUGAAUAUGCGUUCAACUAUGAUCGUGGAUUGGACAAUGGUAACAUGGGUAGUAAGGAGUCUACCUCCCAAAGAGAUCCUGAAGACAACAACUCACCAAGGAAUUCGAAGGAAGGAAUGUCAACCUUAGCGAGUAAGAAGGGCUUAAAAGAUAUCGCCAUCACUCAAGUUGCUCCACAACAGCCAAUUAAUGAAUAUGCGUUCAACUAUGAUCGUGGAUUGGACAAUGGUAAGGAGUCUACCUCCCAAAGAGAUCCUGAAGACAACAACUCACCAAGGAAUUCGAAGGAGGAAUCCUCUGCAGAACCUCUAAAGAGGGAAGAAGUUGCAGUGCCUAUCUCCGGAAUAAGUGAUGAAGCUGUAGAAUCACCGUGGGAUUCUGAGGAAGAAACAUCAAGUGGAAAGGGUGAAGGUCGUGCUGCCACUGGAGGUGUCCCAGAAGGAGAUAUUCUGGAUUAUUUCCUGUCAUGUAGUUGGGCAAGGAUAGCCAAAGAGAGAAAAGCGUCAAUGGCAUCAAGUGGAGAUACUGAAAAGGAUGUGGCUGUCAGUCUAAGUGCCCAAGAGCAUGCAAAGGACACAUUAUCUGGUAUUGCUGGAGUGCCAGAAGACAAAACUAUUGAUAUGCCUGGCUUCAGACCAGAUGAUGAGCCUUUAAAAUACUCCUUAAAGUCUGAGGAAGGAACGUCAGCUGUAGCGGGUAAGAAGAGUAAAAAACGUUUUUUCAUCGCUCAAGUUGCUCCACAACAGCCAACUAUGAACUCUGAUCACGGAUUGGACAAAGAUAACAAACGUAAUAAGGAGUCUACCUCCCAAAGAGAUCCUGAAGACAGCCAAUCACCAAGGAAUUCGAAGGAGGAAUCCUCUGCAGAACCUCUAAAGAGGGAAGAAGUUGCAGUGCCUAUCUCCGGAAUAAGUGAUGAAGCUGUAGAAUCACCGUGGGAUUCUGAGGAAGAAACAUCAAGUGGAAAGGGUGAAGGUCGUGCUGCCACUGGAGGUGUCCCAGAAGGAGAUAUUCUGGAUUAUUUCCUGUCAUGUAGUUGGGCAAGGAUAGCCAAAGAGAGAAAAGCGUCAAUGGCAUCAAGUGGAGAUACUGAAAAGGAUGUGGCUGUCAGUCUAAGUGCCCAAGAGCAUGCAAAGGACACAUUAUCUGGUAUUGCUGGAGUGCCAGAAGACAAAGCUAUUGAUAUGCCUGGCUUCAGACCAGAUGAUGAGCCUUUAAAACACUCCUUAAAGUCUGAGGAAGGAACAUCAGCUGUAGCGGGUAAGAAGAGUAAAAAAUGUUUUUUCAUCACUCAAGUUGCUCCACAACAGCCAAUUAAUAAAUAUGGGAUGGACUCUGAUCACGGAUUGGACAAAGAUAACAAACGUGGUAAGGAGUCUACCUUCCAAAGAGAUCCUGAAGACAGCCACUCACCAAGGAAUUCGAAGACUAUUUCUACAAAUUCUUGGAAGGAAUCCAUUAAUCAAUCAAUGGCAGCAGAUGCAAAAGGAAAAGAUAUGAAUGAACCACUGGAAGAGUUUGCUAAGGGAUCCACUGAAUUGACGCCUCGUCUGGAAGCAAUACAUCCUUUUUGGGCAACAUCAGUGGGAAUGAAUGAAGUACAAACAUGCAGACAAGUUACAGGCAGAAUCAAGUUAAAACCAAUACCAAAACAUCUCAAGAGGCAUUUCCUUCCUCACUGCAAUACUAAUCAAUAUAAAAGCACAGAACCUGAGUUAAAAAAUGUCAAGUCUUCUCCAACAAAUAAUGACAUUAAAACAGCACCCAAGGAAGAACAAGAAUGGCUUGAUGGAAGUGAAAAUAAGCAGUUUGAAGAAAAAGGGCAGCGUUGCCAAAGUAAGGAAAUGGAAGUGUUAAGAAACUUGCAUGAAAGUGCUGCUCCUCCUGAUGACAGUGAUGGUUGUGGACUGAAUCAGCAGAGACAGAGUGGGGACCUUGACAACCAGCAAUCUGCCACUAAGAAGAGUGAAGAAUAUUAUUCCUGCCCUGCCUUGCAUAUAAAGGAAAUAAAAAAUGAAAAUGAAAAAGUGACUUCCAUGGAGUAUGGGAUUAGACCAGUGAUAGAGAAUGGCUUUUCACUCACUAGAAGUCUACUGCAAGUGAUUUAUGACAACAAUUUGAGUGAGCUCGAUCGUCUUAAAAGGGAACAGUUAAGAAGAAAAGAAAAGCAAUAUCAUAAAGAAGAAGUGAAACAAGAAGAAGUGACACAUAGAACACUAGAAUGGAUGCGAGGACUUCAAAAACAAUUUGACCCAGUUCCAAGAAUCAGAAGAUGAACAAAAGGCGGUGGUACAAAACACUGAGAAAAUUCAGGAUCAUCUGGAAAAGCAUGAUCAGGAAAAUCGUGAGUUGAAAGAUACAAUACUAAAGCAAGCAAGGGAAAUUAAAAAUCUUCAGGAAAUCCUUUUCAGACUAAUUUCAGUAAG